UUUCUGAAGAGAUAUAAAAGGAAAUUAAACGUACCUUUUUCAUUCUGUUCCUGACGCAUGAUGGAUCUGCGUGUCUCUGCUGUUCUUCUGUUCGUUUUCCUCACUGGAGGACACUCUCUGAAGUGCUACACAUGCUCAUCUGCUCCGGGAGGUACCUGUGAAGCAAAAGUGGAGACAUGUGGAAAUGGAUUUUCCAAAUGUGAAAGCAUAGCAAGAGAAAAAACAGUUGAUUCCGCUAAGCUGUGGUCCACAGUUAAACGGUGUGCAGUUACUUGUGAAGCUGGGAACCAGCAUGUCCUGGAAGAAGGGACAGAAAUCAGCCACUGCUGUGACACUGACCUCUGCAACGGAGCAGAUGGAGCGUAUAAGGGAAGCUUCCUCCUGCUGUCGGCUCCUCUGCUCUUCUACUUCCUGUUUCAGUGAAUCCCGCUGCACUUCAUACGUUACGCAUAUUUCUACGCGUAUUUCUUGUUCAAGAAAUAAAUAAAUCUUGUCAAUCGUGAAAA